AAUGUAUUUAAUUUUCAGUUAUUUUAUAUUUUUAUUUAUUAAUAGCUUUAAGUAUUUAGUAGCGCUUCUACUGUUGGCCGCUAGAUGUCAGUGUUGCGCUGCGGUGCAUAUGGAAUUCCGUUAUUUCCGUCUAUUUGUUUAAUUUUAUUUUGUUCGGCUGUAAAAAACAAACAAUCAAACAAAUAAAUAAAUAAAGAGCAAAUACACAUUUUAUCAUUGUGUACAAACCUUUAAAUAGUCAUUUGUAUGAUUUAUAACAACCGCAACAAAUAGUAUUUUGUCUAGAUUUAUAAAUAUAAAUACAUCGCUUGAUUAGUAUUUGUUUUUAAGAUAAUUAACUUUAGAGAAUAACAUGAUGUACAAACUGAGCUCUGAUGUGAUUAACCUGCAGUGCUGCUGUUUUCUUCUGUACUAAAAAAAAUCCUCUCAUUAACAUGCACAUGAUCUGAGAAUUAGUCACUGAAUUAAACUACAACUUGUUGUAUAUUCAUUUCACUGACAAACACAAACAUAUUCCACAUUCACACUGACUCAUAUACGUUACUGUUACAGACGUACAGAAGAGAGACAAUUAAAGUGGAAACCUUCUGUUCAUGCACAGCUGUAUUUUUAUCUUGAAGCUUCCUUCAGUGCUCCAGUGGACAGAAGGGACCCGAGGUUAUGUAAAGCAGCUCAUGACAGUGAGGAGAAAGAGGAGAAAAAAGGAGAUUAAUAGGAGGAGACUAACACUGAAGUGUUCAAGGGAUUUUCUGCUUGUUAUCUCAAACCCAGUGUCAGACGUGUCACUGAAAUUCAACACGUUAUUUCAUCCUUCACACGACAUACACGCUUCAGGUAAAGUUCUGAAGGAGAUCCCGGUUGGAGAUCUGAAGCCGGACGAGACGGUGAAGGCCACGCAGGAAGCUCAGCUCCUCUCGCAGCUCCAUCAUCCAGCUAUCCUCAGGUUCUACACCAGCUUCCUGGAGAGAGACUCGUUCUGCAUAGUCACCGAGUUCUGUGAGGACGGGGAUUUGGAGUGUACGCUGGAGCGCUUGCGAGUCUCAGGGGAAGCUCUGUGUGAGUCUCAGAUCAGGGAGUGGCUUGUUCAAAUGCUGCUGGGAGUCGACUACAUGCAUGAAAGGCGCAUUCUACACCGAGAUCUGAAAACCAAGAACGUGUUCCUGAAGCAGAAGGUUGUAAAGAUCGGUGACUUUGGGGUCUCGUGCCUGCUGAUGGGGUCAUGUGACCUCGCCACCACCUUCACAGGAACUCCGUACUACAUGAGUCCCGAGGCUCUCGGUCACCACGGUUACGACUCCAAAUCAGACGUGUGGUCUUUAGGCUGUAUCCUGUAUGAGAUGUGCUGUUUGAAACAUGCCUUUGAGGGACAAAGCUUCCUGUCUGUGGUGCAGAAGAUCAUGGAGAGUCCCACACCAUCCCUGCCGGAGAAAUACUCACCUGAGCUCAACUCCUUAAUGCAGAAGAUGUUAGAGCGAUCUCCAUCCCUGAGGGUUUCUGCAGCUGAAGCUCUGAGCACUGAUGUAAUUAAGGAGCUCACUCAGCAUCUCAAGCAGCGGCUCUCGGAGGACACGGCGGUGGACGACAGAGGCGUGUCCCACAUCGCCAGCGUGCUGCAGAAGAAAGUGCACCUACAGACACUGAGGGAAAGGUCAGAGGUCGAGAAGAUGAGUCCAAGAGAGCGGAUGAGGCUGAGGAAGCAGCAGGCCGCAGACGAGCGAGCCAGGAAGCUGAAGCAUAUUGUGGAGGAAAAAUAUAAAGAAAAUCAGCAGCGCAUGAUGGAGCUCCGGUGCAAGAACUUCCAAAGACUCAGCAUCAACGUUCUCACUGACAAAGCUGAGGACACAGUGAGACAGAUUCAGCCAAUCAGACAACAGAAGGUUUCCCUGAGCAGCCGUCCUGGACCAAUGGGAGAGCAGCUCACUGAUCACGACAUCCCUGAGGACCCUCAGGCUGCAGAAGUGUAUUAUUCUGAAGAUGGAUUUGAGUCGUGUUCAGAUGAAGAUGAUUUCUGCUCUGAUGCUCCCUCACAGGACAGUGACCUGGAGGCUGUGCUGCGACACAUGGAGGAUGUUCUGCAGGAGAAAUCCAUCGCAGGUGAAGAGUACAGAGGCGUGUCUCACUCAGGUUUGCACACAGCGAUCAACAGCAACAUGGAUUCAAUCCAGAACACGAGGGGAGAUUUAUCUAAAAACUCUCUAAUUUCACAUCCUGACCACCUGACCAUCAGAACAUCUGACCAUCUGAACAUCUGACCACCUGACCAUCAGAACAUCUGACCAUCUGAACAUCUGACCACCUGACCAUCUGACCAUCUGAACAUCUGACCAUCUGACCAUCUGAACAUCUGACCACCUGACCAUCCGAACAUCUGACCAUCUGAACAUCUGACCACCUGACCAUCUGAACAUCUGACCAUCAGAACAUCUGACCAUCUGAACAUCUGACCACCUGACCAUCUGAACAUCUGACCAUCGCCACCUGACCACCUGAACAUCUGACCACCGGACCAUCUGAACAUCUGACCAUCUGACCAUCAGAACAUCUGACCAUCUCACCAUCUGAACAUCUGACCAUCUGACCAUCUGAACAUCUGACCAUCUCACCAUCUGAACAUCUGACCAUCUGAACAUCUGACCAUCAGAAUAUCUGACCAUCAGAACAUCUGACCAUCUGAACAUCUGACCAUCUGCACACGCCGAGGCUCUCAUGCUGGGGUCUCUCGACUCAUCACUAACAUCACAGUGUGACAUUGAAGCCGUAGCGGCGAUCAGUGGGUUUUGUUCCCCGUCUGUGAAGCUCAACGUUCUGCUUCCUUAAAAUCUACAAAGCAGAAAAAAUGUCUGAAGAAAUAAACUGAAUUUCUGUGGAACUUUUAAUCCAUCCAGAUGUUUCUGAUCUGUUCCUCGAGGUCCUCUGUGCUGAGCUCAUGCAAACGUUUCGGUCUGUGACGUGAUCUCGUGAUCAGUGAAGAAAACUUCAAACGUAAAUUUUAAUUUAAAGAAAAGUAAAAAAUUAAAUAAAUUGGAAGAUAAAGCC